AUGGCUCUUGAAACGCAGCCCGACUAUGACUCCAUGAGCCGACGAGCGGUGAGCAAGGAGUGGAACAAGCACGUGGACUUCGAGCUGAGGAUGGAGCUCAGAAAGCUGAUGCAGGAUGUCGGCGACAAACUGAUCCUCAAGUUCAAGCACGUUCGUGACGCCUUCCGGCCCUUGAACUUGCAGAGGCUGGGCAAGAUCACGCGGGAGGAGAUGGUAAACUUCUUCAGAGGCUUCGGCCACCCAGAGGAGGUGGCUAAUCGCAUCUUCGACCUCCUCGACCAGGAGAACAAGGGGGAGAUCGAGUAUUCUGUGUUCAUGUCCCACUUUGAGUCCGUGCUCGGGCGCGACUUCCGCAGCUCUGCAGAGCAACCCCCCAUCUACCUGGAGGACCCCAUCCACUGCAAGGAGGUGAACGAAACAGCCGACAUGUUGAAGCGACGUCUGCUCACUAGAUCACGGAAUAUGCAGGAGGCGUUCCGGACGUUGGAUUCGGAUCACGAUGGCCGGGUUAGCCGAGCAGAGCUUCGACUUUUCGGGAAGAAGGUUGGCGUCACCCCCGAAUCCUGCGAUCAGCUUUUUGACGCCCUCGACGUUGAGGGCGUGGGCUCCAUCAACUUUCUUCAGUUCACGCGAAUCUUCCCAGAGGGCAAGAACGUAGGCACGCCCAGGGCGGUCCAAACCCUGCCUGUCCCGCCAGCCCCGCAGCUUCUGUAG